UUAGUAAAUAUAAACUGCUAAAUACCUUUUCUCAUCAGAAGCAUAUAGCAGUCUUGUGACUUCUAUCAGUGACCAGCCGAGCACUGGUUAAAGCUUGUAGGAGGAGUUUUCAUUUUGUUCUAGCAGGAUGAAGAACCCCUGACCUCUGGAGAGUGAUAAUUGGCCCUGUGCUGAUCACAUGCACUCUCACAAGAAAAAAACCAAACUGAACAUGUGCAGAGUGACUCCACACUAUAUGUCUUAUCAGGAGAUAAGAGGGAGAUACUGGAGGAAGGGGAGGAUCAGAGAAGUCAGGAUCAAA